AUGGCCUCUAAAGCUUCCUCGAUUAACGCCGGGCCUGGACGGUACCAAAUUCGCUCGUGCAACACCUGCAAAAGUAAGAAGACGCGAUGUGACAAGAACACACCAUGUUCGUCAUGCGCUUCUUCGGGCAGAACAUGCACUUACCCACCGAUUGGGCAGCGCGUGAGGCGAACGAAGAAAACAAUUCUGGCUGAGAUGGCCGGUCGCAUUGCGAGUUUAGAGCGCAGCCUUGCCGAAGCAACUACGCAUGGGAAUCUGUGCUGCAACAGCUUCGAACCAAGCACGAUUGCGGAUGAGCAAGACUCGCCCAGAGACUUGCUAUUACAUAAGUGUUCGACCGGCCAGUACCUUAAUGAAAUACUGGUAACUCGAGUCGUUGGUGAAGACGAAAGUAUUGCAACUGCUCUUGCGACAUCGCAGCACGAGCAAAGAGAGCUUCCAAGCUCCCCCUUUAAUGCAAUGGGAAUUAUGUCCUCUCCCUGCUAUACCCAGCAACCUUCUGCAUUUCACCCUGGCAAAGCUACUGCUAUCGAGCUUUGGAAUAUCUACCUGAACAACGUUGAAAUCAUCCUCGGACUGAAGUUGACGCACAUUCCCACCGAUGAAGUCAGAGUUUAUUCAACUAUAGAUGAACCCAUCACUGAAAAGUUUGACGAUCUUGCAUUUUGCUAUAGUAUAUACUUUGCAGCGGCUGUGUCACUCGAAGAUACUACAUCGCUCUUCUUGGAUAAGACCACUGAACUUCAGCGUUUCAAACUGGGCAUCGAACAGGCCUUUGCUCAUGGUGACUUUUUUAAUCGGCCAACAUUGACUGGUCUACGAGCUCUAGCUAUAUACCUCUCAGCAAUCCGCGUUUAUAAUCGAGGGAAGUCUGUUUGGAUUCUCAAUGGUCUCGUCAUCCGAGUAGCUCAAUCUCUUGGACUCCAUAAGGAUGGGACUAAGCUUGGCUUGCCACCUUUAGAGUCGGAGCUCCGUCGAAGAGUUUGGUGGCAUAUUAUUACAAGAGAUAGCCGGUCCGGGGAAGACUUCGGUUUGGAAGAUCCCAAUGAUCUGAUAUCGACGUCAGACGUCAAGCUACCCUUAAAUAUUAAUGAUGCUGAUAUCUUCCCUGAAAUGGAGGAGUUGCCAGUCGAACGGACCGAAUGGACCUGCAUGACGUUCUCGUUGAUCAAUGUCGACUUGGCUAAGGCUAUGGAAAAGCUCAAAGCUGGCAACGCCUCCGCAUCAACACUCAGCAAAGAAUGGAGAGACAAAGUCGUUCAAGAAGCGUAUACUAAGAUCAGGGCCAGACUGGAGAAGUGCAACCAAGUAACACCGCACCAACGACUUACGGUCCACUGCACAGACUAUCUUCUACGGAAGCUCGACUUCGUCACAAACCAACAGUGGCUCUUAUCGCAGAAGAGGGGGGUCAAUGACUCCGUACUAAAAGAAGAAACACUUGUCGCUGCGUUGGACAUCCUAGAAGCGAGGGCAGCUGGCAAUAAUCCUUUUCUAGCGCAGUUCUCGUGGGCUAAGAAGGUUCAUCCGCAGUACCAUGUAACAUUAUAUGUUCUGUGGUAUUUGUGCACCAAACCGCAAGGUCCUCGCGUCGAGCGCGCAUGGCGGGCUAUAGAUAGCAUUUUCGAGCAGGAGAUGGCUUUUGACUUCCUUGGUUGUAUUGGAGCUAAACCGGCUGUUCUGAAGGCGCUGAGGAUUAAGGCUGAAACACUGCGGAAGAAUCUGGACGCACCAACCGCAAAGACUGGGCGCAAAACAGACCCUGCUACGUCGACUGAGCUAGAACAUAUGGAGGACCCUUUGAAAUUCCUUGAAGGCUUCAAUUUCGACGACGAGGUUUUUGAAGAUGGAGUUCCAUGGUCGUCGUGGACUUCGCUCCUUCAUGGGCUUCAGGCGGAUCAACCGUUAUUUCAAUAA